AUGAAGGGCUCAGAACGUUUGCUGCUGCUGCUGCUGGUGGUGGCAUCAUCGUCGUUACUGUCCGCCGUGAUUGCCGCGCAGCAGACUUGCCCUGCCGACCUCGACAGCAAAUGCGAUGGUGGCGCGUCUGAUGAUUGGGAGGGGGAGUUCUUCCCCGGCGUCCCGAAAAUCAAGUAUGAGGGUCCAACCAGCAAGAACCCUCUUGCUUAUAAGUGGUAUAAUAAGGAGGAAGUGAUUCUCGGGAAGAAGAUGAAGGAUUGGAUGCGCUUCAGUGUUGCGUUCUGGCACACAUUCCGUGGUACUGGCGCCGAUCCUUUUGGUGCGCCUACAAAGGUUUGGCCUUGGGAGGAUGGCACCAAUUCAUUGGGCAUGACUAAGAGAAGAAUGAGAGCUCACUCUGAGUUCAUGGAGAAGCUGGGAGUUGACAAAUGGUGCUUCCAUGAUAGGGAUAUUGCCCCGGAUGGGAAAACUCUUGAAGUAUGUCCUUCAGUUGUGUUGUAUACUUCUGUUAACACAUGA